UCUGUGAGAGAAGGAGCAUAUCAAAAUCAUUUUUUCCCCUUGAUUUUCUCUUUAGCCAAACACCAGAUAGAAAAGUGUGUGUGUGGCUAAUGGGGGCGUACAGAGCUGAUGAGGAUUACGAUUAUCUUUUCAAGGUGGUGCUGAUUGGGGACUCUGGUGUGGGAAAAUCCAAUCUUUUGUCGAGGUUCACCAAGAACGAAUUCAGCCUUGAAUCAAAGUCCACCAUUGGGGUUGAGUUUGCCACCAGAAGCAUUAGGGUAGAUGAUAAGGUUGUCAAGGCUCAGAUUUGGGACACUGCUGGCCAGGAAAGGUACCGAGCAAUCACCAGUGCAUAUUAUCGAGGAGCUGUUGGUGCUUUAUUAGUCUAUGAUGUUACCCGCCAUGUUACAUUUGAAAACAUAGAGAGAUGGUUGAAGGAGCUCAGAGAUCACACAGAUGCCAACAUUGUGGUGAUGCUUGUUGGGAACAAAGCAGACUUGCGCCAUUUGCGGGCAGUUUCCACCGAAGAUGCUACAACUUUUGCGGAACGGGAGAAAACAUACUUCAUGGAAACAUCUGCCCUUGAGUCCAUGAAUGUUGAAAAUGCCUUCACAGAAGUGCUGACACAGAUCUAUCAUGUUGUAAGCAAGAAGGCCCUUGAAAUUGGUGAUGAUCCAGCAGCAUUACCAAAAGGGCAGACUAUAAAUGUUAGUUCUCGUGAUGAUGUAUCAGCUGUGAAGAAAUCUGGUUGUUGUUCUAAUUGAGCAUGCAGUAAACCUCUGUAUUUUCACUUUAAAGUUUAAACCUAUGUUCUGUUUAUAUCUAUGUAGAGUUCAGCCUUACAGCAUGAAAAUGAAUGUCUAGUGAGCAUUACAAUCUAAACUUUCUGCUUUGGAAUACAGAGAAAUCGGUUCAAUGGAAGUCAUUUGUUUAGGAAACAUGCACUUUCAUUUUGCUUGAUGCCCUAUACUGUUGUUUCAUGAAGCUAUUGAAUUAUUUCAGAUUU